GCAUAGAAGGGCAGUAAAUGGCAGACGUAAAAAAAUAUGUGUAGUCUUUUAUCGCGUUUAUGCUGUUUCCUAUUAAUAAGUUUAAGUUAUAUGAAUAUUCUUGAUCAAACAAAAUUUUGAAAGGAAAAGGAAAUUUUAGCAGACUCGUUUUAGUGACGUGUACCUAUAACGAAUGACUAUCAGGCCAGUAGUGCCAUAUCACUGCCCGAUAAGCUUUGCAGAGCGAUUCGGAUUCUGCGAACGAUAACACUAGGACCGCACAAGGAGUAUCCUCGUUAUUUGUUUCUUAUUUCGUAGAGCUACCAAACUAUCACAUCAGGUAUGAGCGUUCGGAAGCGGCAGGAGCGGCCCGAUCCGGAUCGAGAGCAGCUGUUGACAUCGCAGUACACCGGCCACGAUGACGAUAAACACGAAGCAAGUGAUUUGAGCGGGGAUUGGAGCAACAUUGCUAUCCUGUUCUUCUUAUACUUGCUCCAGGGUAUUCCGAUUGGUUUGGCGGCUGCAAUUCCAAUGUUGCUGCAGAACCGUGGGGCCAGUUAUAAACAGCAGGCCGAAUUCAGUUUCGCCCAUUGGCCGUUCAGUAUGAAGCUGCUGUGGGCUCCAAUCGUGGAUUCGCUCUACUGGAAUCGCUUCGGACGACGCAAAUCAUGGCUCAUUCCAACUCAGUAUCUGAUCGGCGUAUUCAUGCUGAUCCUGUCCGUGCACGUGAAUCGUUGGCUUGGUAGUGGCACCGCCGAGGAUGGUGCAGACCACAUUGCACCGAACGUGCCCAUUCUGACAGUGAUAUUUUUUGCGUUGAAUUUCCUUGCGGCCACGCAAGAUAUUGCCGUCGAUGGGUGGGCGUUGACUAUGUUGAAGCGUUGCAACGUAGGGCAUGCGUCGACAUGUAACAGUGUUGGACAAACAGCGGGGUACUUUCUCGGAUAUGUAGCUUUUAUGGCAUUGGAGUCGGCCGAAUUUUGCAACAAUUAUCUACGUUCAGAACCGUCUGAUGAAGGAUUGGUAACACUUCCUGGAUUCCUCUGGUUUUGGGGUAUUGUGUUCUUAGUCACAACCACAUUGGUGGCACUGUUCAAGAGAGAACAUCUCCCGAGCAUCGAACGGGGGCAUGAUGAGCAUGUGCAGCUAGAUAUCAAGCAGACGUAUAGUUUGCUGGUCGACAUCAUCAAAAUGAAACCAAUCUUGAUUUUAACAGCAAUCCUGUUAACAGUUAAAAUUGGAUUUGCCGCCUGUGAUGCAGUAAGCUCCCUGAAGCUAAUCGACGCGGGAGUACCGAAGGAUAAAUUAGCGUUGUUAGUGGUACCCCUAGUCCCUCUUCAAAUAGUUCUCCCUUUGAUCAUCAGUAAGUACACGACCGGACCACGCCCCAUGGAAGUGUAUUUGAAAGCUAUUCCGUAUAGGAUAGGCCUAACAUUGGUCGCUGCAGCAGUGGUUUGGUUUACACCGGUACUCAUUCACAAUCACCACGUCCCUUAUUACUAUUACAUGAUGCUGUUAACAAACUAUGGUCUGUACCAGAUCGCACUCUACAGCAUGUUCGUGGCGGUGAUGGCCUUUUUUGCGCGAGUUAGCGAUCCUGCCGUUGGCGGGACGUACAUGACUCUCCUGAACACCCUCAGCAAUCUCGGAGGAAAUUGGCCAACCACGGUUGUACUUUGGAUGGUAGACGUACUCACAUGGAAACAGUGCUCAAACGCGGUAGAUAACCCGUGUUCAGAUACCGUCGAACAAGAGGCAUGCAUCAAUGAUGGCGGGAAGUGUAAUAUCAGAAUUGAUGGAUAUUAUAUAGAAAUAGCGGUAUGUCUGGUGUACGGAAUCUUAUGGUACCAAUGGGGAAAGCACAAAAUUCGCUACCUCCAAGGCCUACCCUUAAGCGCUUGGCGCGUUGUACGGCGGCAGCGGAUGCAUUCGAGUUAGCAAUUAAUGCAGCUUAUAUAAAUAGUUUGUAAGUGUAGUUGUAUAGAAUGUAGGCAUUCUUUAUCCACCGGCAGCGCGAGUGCAAAAAUGAUUUUAGUUGAAAAUUGUUUUCUUUUAAAUUUUAUUUGAUCAGAGAGUUGCUUUGCACAAAUAGAAAUAACUGAUUAUUCCAUGAGUAACAUUACCAGCACCUAUAGCGUAGCUAUGUGCGGAUAUAUAGUUUCGUAGAAUAGGGGAUAUUACUGUUGUGUAACACAUCUAAUUCCAUCGAUAGCCACUCCAUGGUUCGCUUAAUUUAUUUUGCAUAUUAAUAUAGCAUAGCUAUAUUUUUUGUUGAUAAUAUGUUUGUAAGAUAUUGCGGAUUCCACUAUUGAGAACAAAAUAAUAUAUACAAAU